AUGUAUCUCGAUGGGGACUACUAUCAUAUAAUAGCUCAAGAUUAUCAGUUGCAAGGAUCCCAACUCUACCGCGAAUGCGCGCGUUAUUUAGCGCGCUGCGGUGAUGGUUUGAAUCAAGUGGCUCAGCUUUGCCGUUGUGUGCAUUCCAGUGGUCUCAAUCAGCAAAAGGCUUCAAUUCUUGUUGAUGAAUUGGCAGCUGCUGCUCUAUAUGAGGCUAGCAUACUGCAGUCUUCCAAAUGCUUGGACGGAGCAGACGCCGUCGUAAGGAGUGUUAGUGAUAUUGGUGUUAUGAUUUCUUGUUAUAUUAAUAUUCGGCAACUAAAGUCUGCUUAUUUAUUGGCUGUGAAACACAACCGCAUAGUAGACGUCCGUCGCAUACAGAGAGAAGCGGAAAAGCUAGGCCAAAGCCAUGUUGUUGCAUUAUGCACGAAGCGGCUGAAAAUGUGA